AUGGCAAAGGCUGCAGCCACCGGACGCAAUCUUUCCCUAGUUCUGUUCCUUAUUCUUUCACUGAGCUGCUUGGGAUCCUCACAGCCCAACGAUACACACUCUCUUAGUUGCAACAUCACUGUCAGAGUUCGUCCCACACCUGGACAGCCCUGUUAUGAAGCACAGUGCUCACUGGAUGGAGAGUCUUUCCUUCGGUAUGAUAAUGACAACAAAGCCACACCUUUGGGUGACCUGGGAAAGGCGAUACAUGACACUCAAGUGUGGACAGAUUUGAUCCAAAGGCUGGAAUACUUGGGGCAAGAGCUCAGGAAGAAGCUGGCUGACACCAAACAAGAGACGACUGACCCCAGUGGUCACCCCACUUUACAGGCCAUCGUGCAUUCUAAGUACAAACAAGGACACAUCAUUGGUGCCUCCUGGCGAUUUAAUGUCAGUGGAAAGUACUUCUUCAUCCUGAACACAAUGAAUAUGAGCUUGACACCAAUUAGUCUUGAAGCCAGAGGUAUCAUGAAUGAUGAGCAAUUCAUAAGAGAUCUCAAGGUAAUCUCCACAGCAGACUCCAGUCACUGGCUCAAGGAACUCUUAAAGCACCAGAAGGAAAAGCCAAGACCAACAUCAAGGGCCCCAGGUAUCUAUCUUCCACCUAUCAUAGAUGCCACCCCUCAUCCAUCUACCAGGCAGUUUCCUAAUAACAAAGAAUCCAUCAUCAUAGCAGUAGUCAUCUCCAUCAUCAUCAUCCUUAUUGUUAUUCUCAUUUGCAUGUUUGUGAAGAGGAAAUGUUGUCCCCAAGGAGGAUGCAAGGCCAUGGGAGAUGUCUGGACCAGCUCCUAUAAGGUCUUUCUCAUCCCUCCAACUGUAGUUAAGUUAUGA